GAGAGGAGGGAUGAGGUGUAGGUGAGCUGGGUGGAGUUAAGAAAGCACAGGAGGUGGACAAACAGGGAGUUAGCUCACUGAUCCUCUGAGGGAAAAAAAGAGAGACAAUGAGGAUCUGAAAAGCAAAGCUGGACCCGGACUCGACAUUCAUCUGGGAGGAUGUGUGACAAGUGCCUGCAAGUGAAGUGUAUGAUAUGAGCGUGGAAUAACAGGAUUUAACAUUCUCUUUGGGAUUUAAGACACAACUGAAGAGAGCUGAGGAUGUCUUCAGCAUCAGAAGCAGACUUCCGCUGUACGCACGGAGAUACAAUCUGUGAGAUCCGUGUGUAUGAGCAGGAGGUGAUCAUCGUGCCCACCCUGCUGCUGGCCAGCUUCCUGGUCACUCUGGUCUUCGUUCUCCUGCUGCGCUUUUGUCCGGAAAAAGUCGAUCGAAUCCGUCCACAUGCCCCGAAGCCGGCCAACAGGAGAGUGCUGCAUGGCAUUGAUGCUCCACCGGGUAUCAACGUCCUGGAGCAUGAAAGCAUUGCUCUGGACGUGCCCAGUUCCUACUCCACCUUCCACCCACCGAACACUUAUGCCUCCAGAAACUUCUCCAAGUCUGCGUUCACACCCUCCAUCCCGUCCAGCCCCCCACCACAGCCCUUCGUGCCCAGUUUCACCCCCAUUAUCCAGCCCAGAGAGUUGCCCCGCCAGAGGCUGCCCGAGACCUUCAACUUGGUCACCCCUCUGACUGUUGCCUUCUCCCUGCGCUCUGACUCCUCUGUGUCCCUCUACAGGGCCCGUAUGGAGAAUAGGAACGUGGUGCUGCGAGUCCUGAAUGACUCUGCUGAUGCCACAGAGAGACACAACUUCCUGGGCUUCGCAUCCUUCCUGGCACAGCUCGGCCCACAUCCCUUCCUGCCAGAGCUCCUUGGUGUUGUGUCACUUCGAGCUCCUCUGGUCACAGUCGUUGAAGAACUGGAGAACAAAGACCUGCUCAGCUGCCUGUGGCGAUGCAGACAGGACAAUGUUGAUCCUCCAUGUGAGAUGAGUGAGAGAAGAAUAUUCACCAUGGCCAGCCAUGUGGCGUCAGCACUGGAGUUCCUUCACAGCAAAGACCUCCUCCAUGGAAACAUCCGUGCCCGCAGCGUCCUGGUCACCAAGGACUUCACGGCCAAGCUUUGGGGAUUGCAUGGGGUGUACACAAGGAAGAACCAGGGAGCCACUCAGAAAGAUGAUCCCAGCAGGAAGAAAUGGCAGGCACCAGAGCUGCUGGCCAAGAGACCUGCUGGUCAGAGCAGCGACAUCUGGUCAUUUGGCGUGUUACUGUAUGAAAUGGCAACACUGGGUGAGGCUCCAUUUGCAGAAAUCCCAGUUACUGAGCUUCUUCAGUUUCAUCAACGUGGGAAAAGUCUGAAAAAACCUUCCAACUGUUCAAACACGCUAUACACCAUCAUUAAGGGUUGCUGCCAGUGGAAGGAUCAGGAUCGACCCUCUCUGGCCGAGGUUAGCCGCAAGCUCAGCUCAGGAGAGAAAAGUGCCUCUGAUAAAGUCCUCAAGGCAUCAGGGACGGUGAACAUUGAGCAGUACCUGCAGGAAGCAGGGUACGGGGAAACCAACAGCUACACUGUUUUCUGAUCAUUGCCCGUGUCAGUGGGAUUGAUUGCACUAUUCUCCCUGAUGGUACCCCAAUAGUGCACUUGUACAAAACAAUAUCUCUGAAGUGCAAUAAAAGAGUUCCUAGCUCUAUUUAUAAGAGCUUCGGCCACUGAAAUUGACCUUUUAUUUUAUUUAUGUCUCCUACAUCAGUUGACAAGAAAAACUGUGUAACUUGUUUACCUUUGGGGACCAAAGAAAAUUCAUUUUCAUGUAGUACCUCAUUUGUGAGUAUGUUUGUCUGACUAGGCCGGGGGUUCUCAAAGUUUUGCUGAGAAACAAUAGACGGAGUAAUAACUCUGUGGUGUAACUGAAUUUGAGGACCCCUUGUCUUUGCAGUUCCUAAAUCUUUGAGGUUCAGAGUGGGGGAAAAACUACCUGUAAUUUUAUAGUGGUACACUUCAGGAUAUGUAAGCUUGAUCAAUGUACAGCUGCUGCAUCUUGUAGUCGAUACUGUCAAUAUAUGAUGGUUUACAAAUCUUGUUUACAAUCUAAAAUAAAUGUAUAUUAACAGGUGUAAUAUACAUUAUUACAUUUCUGUAUGAUUCUGUUUGAAAGAGUUAUGGAAAUUUAGGGCACAUAAAUGUAUUUAUGCUAUUAUUACUCUCUAUAAGCUCAGCACAUGUGGACAUCUGUGGGUAAGAAAUGGGCUCAAACUGUUCACACAAACUCAAAUGUAAAUAAAAUAUCUCAAGU